GUACCCAUCAAGGAGCAGGGGAUACGUGCUUCACAGCUGAUCUAAAUCAGAAGAGGACAUUUCUUUAAGCUAUCAUUAGAGGUUGAAUAGAGGAGCUUUGUGUGAUGCUAUAGAUUUUCCUGGGUAGCUUCCUUUGGCUUCAGUGGGAAAUUCCAUGACAUCAGGGCUUGUGUAUAAAUGCAGGCAUCAUUUCAGACUUCUGCAGCUGGAGUCCAAUCAGGCACCUGGGGCAAAAUUCUUCAACAUCUCAGCUGAGAAGUGGCGAUGAGCAUGGAGCAACACAUGAAUGGUCAGAGCCCUGAGACGGACUUGAGGAAUCUCAGCAAAUUCUGUCAAGCUGUCACAGAUGGUCUUCCUCUGGAGGAAUCAGCUGAGCGUUUCAUCCACGAAGCCAUGGAAGUGAUUAUUGAUGAAGCAGUAAAAAAGGCCACUGACGUUAAAGAAAAGGUAUGUGAGUGGCAGUCCCCUGAACAGCUGAAAGAGCUGCUGGACUUGGAACUGAAAGAUGGAGGGGAAUCUGACUCCAAAAUUCUGCAGCGGUGCAAAAAUGCCAUCAGAUACAGCGUCAAGACCAGUCAUCCUCGUUUUUUUAACCAGCUGUUUGCAGGGAUGGAGCCUUACUCCAUGGUGGCAAGCUUUAUCAUCGAAGCAGUGAAAACCAGUCUGUACACAUAUGAGGUGGCCCCAGUCUUUACCUUGAUGGAGGAUGCUGUUUUGAAAAAGAUGAUGGAGUUGAUCGGCUGGGAUGAGGGAGGAGAUGGCAUCUUUAAUCCAGGUGGCUCAAUGUCCAACAUGUACGCUGUGAAUUUAGCCAGGUAUCGACUCUGUCCAAACAUUAAAGAGGUUGGGCUCUAUGAUGCCCCACGACUGGUCAUGUUUACAUCACAGGAGGGACAUUAUUCAAUUUCCAAAGCUGCUGGUUUGCUGGGAUUUGGCACCAAAAAUGUUUAUGUGGUUCCAUGUGAUAACAGAGGGAAGAUGAUUCCUUUGGCUCUGGAAGAGAAAAUACAGUUGGCGCGUAGUGAAGGCGCAGUCCCCCUCUUGGUGAACGCCACCGCAGGAACCACAGUGUUUGGAGCCUUUGAUCCUGUUGACAAGAUCGCAGACAUUUGUGAGCUGCACAGUCUGUGGCUGCAUGUGGAUGCAUGUUGGGGGGGUGCAGCUCUGCUUUCUAGCGCGCAUAAACACCUGCUAAAGGGCAUUCACAGAGCUGAUUCUGUGGCUUGGAACCCACACAAAAUGUUGAUGGCUAGUCUGCAGUGUUCAGCAUUCCUGGUCAGAGAUAAAAUGGGUCUCCUUCAACGCUGCCACUCUGCAAAAGCCUCGUACCUCUUUCAGCAAGACAAGUUCUACGACGUGAGCUAUGACACAGGGGACAAGUCAGUUCAGUGCAGCAGGAAACCUGAUGCUUUUAAGUUCUGGCUCAUGUGGAAGGCUUUGGGAUCUACAGAGCUUGAGCGGAGGGUUGACAAAGCUCUGGCCAUGGCCAGAUAUCUUGCUCAAGAAGUCAAGAAAAGAGAGGGAUUUCGUUUGUUAAUGGAACCUGAAUAUGCAAAUGUUUGCUUCUGGUACGUUCCACCGGCUUUGAGAGACAUUCCUGAUGGCCCUGAACUAUGGAGAAAGCUGCAUACUCAUUACCGCCAUCAAGCUUGCUUCAGCGCAUCAUGCUCUGGCCUCCUCCAGGUAGCCCCUGUGGUCAAGGAGCGGAUGAUGAAGACAGGCAGCAUGAUGAUAGGUUACCAGACUCAUGGUGACAAGCCUAACUUCUUUAGGAUGGUGGUCAUCAAUCCCCAAGUCAGCAAAGAAGACCUGGACUUCGUUCUGAAUGAGAUCCAUAACCUGGGAAAGGACUUAAGAUGAAACAUUAACAAUUUUGAACUCUGCUGACAGCAGCAGAAAAUUAUAGUUAAUUUAUCUCCAGUUAAUUUGUCUACAAGACAAUUCAUAAUGAUUAUUGUGUGAAACAGUGUGUGUUGGGAAUCAGGGUUUUAUCUCCCCCUCUGAUCACUGGUGGGAGCUGUCUCCAGAGUACUAACCACACUACAUCUCCCAGCAACCCCAGCACACACUCCCUAGAUGCCGCUCAGUUGACUCUCACUGACAAUCACCCACAUGACACUUCAGCUCUGCAUAGAGCCUGACUCAGGGGGAAGUAUUGUUUGUGCCACCCUGCUUGCAUUACUAAGCGUUUCUAUCUGGAGCUGAUCUACUGUUUCUGACCCUGCUUAUUCUCUGAGUGCCUGCUGCCUGCCUUGACCCUCACCUGGACUCUGACAUCCCCACUCUCUUCUUUGAUGAUCCCAUGCUCGUAACUCACCUCUGCCUGUCUUUCUCUGAUCUAGCUUUGUGGACUUUGAGCUGUGCUUCAUUCCUGUCUGAACUAACAAACCUGCUGCACGUGGAACCAACUGUCUGUCCAUCUGUGACAUUGAGAAUGUUAGUAUUGUUUUGUUAAAAUAGAUAUAAUCAAAAUAUCAGAACAUUCACUUUAAUCAAUUUUUAUACUAAAUGUAAACUGAUGACAGUGAGAUUUAUGUGGAUUUGCCACCAAACCAUAGAAAAAGCAGUCUUACUGAUUGUGUGUAACAGGCCUUUGAGGUUCAGAAUUCUAGCUGAUAUGCCCAGAUACUUACAAAUGGUCAUUGACAAACUUAAGACGGGCCGUGGACAUGUGCUGGUUUGAGCAGGGGAACCUCCUGUGCCAUGUAUGAUUUCAAACCAUGAUGUGUUAAUGUAUUACCAACAGUAACCAUGGAGACAGUGUUUCAAGCUCUUUUCAGUUCAUUGACCAUUUCCUCCUAUGUAAUUCUGGGUUGAUCCUCACCUUUCUUAGGAUCUUUGAGACCCCACCAGAUGAGAUCUUGCAUGGAGCUCCAGCCUGAAGCAGUGUUAAUUUUGACAGAGAAUUUUAAUUUAGUUUUAGUCAUAGUCUUGACAAAAAUAAGGUUUUAGUUUUAGUCGUAAUUUAGUCAUGUUGAUUCUAUUCAUUUAAGUCAAAUUUUAGUCGACUAAAUUACAGUCGAUAUUUAGUUGACAAAAAUAUAGAUUAAAAAUAAAGCAGUUUUAUUUAAUUUACUAAGUAUGAACAUAUGAAUAACACACAGAGAUUUGUAAUUUGUGAAAAAAAAUGAAAACAAAUUUUUUACUUCACUUUGCUUCCAAACUUGUCAUUUCUGCAAAUUCAGCUUUAACAACUGAAAACACAUUCAAAGAAAAGAAAUUAUAAUUCCAUCCCAUUUAUGAUAAAUGUCUGAACAUAAAAAAACUUGUAUUGAAGUGGUACUCAAGUGCAAAAAAUGCAUUAUAUAAACACUCAGGAGGGAGUAAGCUGUACUGUGUCAUUUGCUAUUUGUGAGCAUGUAACAUGUGCUUGACCAGCAUGUGUGGUGUACUGUAAUACCACCGUCAGCCAGUAGGGAGCGCUGUUAUCAUGUAAGAUGUGAUGGAGUUGGAGAUUAAACUGCUUGUUGAUCUAAAGAA